AUAUAUAUAUCUGAAACAUCUCACUCGAAGAUCCGAGGAGUCCUGGGCUCAUGCGUUCAACUGAUGGUCGUGACUGGCAUCCUGGGAGCUUAUCUAGCAGGGAUGGCUCUGGAAUGGCGCUGGCUGGCAGUGCUGUGCUCCGUCCCUCCCUGUUUCCUGCUGGGGCUCAUGGCUUUCAUGCCCGAGACCCCUCGCUUCCUGCUACGCCAGAACCAGCAGUCGGAAGCCAUCGCGGCCUUGCAAUUCCUGCGGGGCCCACUGGUGGAUCACGAGUGGGAAUGCCGAGAGAUUGAAGCCAACGUCAACGAACAGCAAGAAAUGAGCCUUGCCGAGUUCAAGAACCCCUCCAUCUACAAGCCGUUCCUGAUUGGAGUAGCCAUGAUGUUCUUCCAGCAAGCAUCCGGGAUCAAUGCCUUGAUGUUUUACGCGGAAACGAUCUUCGAAGAGGCCAACUUUAAGGUGAGGGAAUUAACUCUGGAUUUGUCCUGACUUU